AUGAUCAUAACGUGGAUGUAGAACAAUCGUGUGUAUGGAUACUAGAAAACUGGGAAGAGCAGUAAGAUUAGAGAUAAAAGACUUGAAACGAAAGAAAACUCUUACGAUAUCGAGAUGCACGAAAAAACAGGGAAAAUUAUACCGCUUCAAGUGGCAUUGACGAUCUGUUUUGCGGUGGCAUGCAUUUCAGGCUCCAAAGUAAAUGUGUGCAAACCAGAAAAAACGGCAACGGCAAACGGCGACUUUGUUUGGGAACAUAAAUAUGAUGACGUCGAUUUUGCUGUUUCGAAGCCAGAUGUUUGUUGGAUCAAUGGUUCCAUUCUUGUGCGUCAAUGCGCCCGAGACAAUAAACGGAAAUAUUGGUCUCCAAAUGGAGAAAAUUGUGAAAAGUUUAAGCGCCGUAACUUAAAAUGCCCAGAAGAUUUGGGCGAAGUACUCGUUAAUGGAAAAAUUGUUUGUGUAAGGCUAUCGAAAACUCGACAGCAGUACGAUAGUUCCUUUUGUCAAGGCUCCAACUACAUUUUAAGUCCAAAUGAUAACGAAUUGAUAGCAUUUCUACUAGAAAAAAAUGUUGAUGGGUUGUGGCUUCCGGUGGAGAGGGCGAAAGGCAACGGCAUCAAACCCUUUUUCAUACGCCUACCGGGCUUUAUGUGGAAUACAUUGUACGAAAUCCCAUUUGACAAGGUCAUAAACUUAUCGGACAAACAUUGUGUAGGGGCCUUUCUGAAGAAAACUGGUUCAGCCCUGACAAUGAAUAUAGAACCAGUGGUCUGUGUCGCUUCCCUGUACUCCGUGUGCGUUUUUAAAGAUGAACUUGUUGCCAGGAAUGGCUGCCCUCAAAAUUUUGGCGCACUCGGCUAUCGCCCCAGUGAAUGUUAUGGUCUUACUUGGGAUGGAAAGAAGUUUCCCCAGGACUUGCGAAUGCUGGAUGCUGACGAGUUUUUUGAAAAAUACAAUGAACUACGUACAAUUUUCGACAAACAGGGUAUUACGGCAAAAACUGAUGUGGAAGUCAAAGGCAGCUUUCUUAUACCCAAUGCAAAAUGGACGGUGGACAUGAAUAAGGAAAUGCUAUCCAUAAAGCCAGCUAGUAGGAGGACUAAAAGCUUGUGCGUUGAGCACGUUGCUAAAAGAAAAGACGUCGAAAUUAUUUUACGCAUGGAUCAUAACGGAGGCGAUACGUUGGUGCUAACUGUUUACAACAAAUUCUAUAUUUGGUCAUUAAAGAACAAAGUCGAUUUUACCCUACACUGCUUUGCCCACACCAGAUAUGGUGAUUUGUUAAAUGUCGAUAUCAAUCGACUCUGGGAGAAUGAAUCCCAAACAAAAACAAUGUUCGAAUUGAGUAUUAAACAUGAAGAACCUACUCUUUAUUGGUGUGAAGCUCAUACAAUUUUUAACUUUACAAUGGCGACGUCGACCAAAAUCGUGGCAAGUAAAAACAAGAAUAGCUUCAAUUUCGCCAUGCAACUCGACCUUCCUUUGCCAAGAAAUGAAUCCGCGGAAUGGACAAAUAAAUCUCUUCGACAAUUCAUAAAAUAUUUUACCAAAGACAUUGAAAAGAUGCUGAAGCUGCAAAAGACAGUUGACAGUAAACUGGACGAACUCGACAUUCAGAGCGUUCGUAUAAUGAAUAUUUUAAGUGGAUCAACUGUGCGAGGAGAACUGAGAGUUCUGUGCCAUAUUACCAUAUCGCUCAAAUCGUUAGAUUUUAAACGAGACUCAUCGGAGGGAAGUGAAAGUCAUGAAGAUGACGAAGUUGGGGAAUCGGAAGUAGAGGCCAUUCUGAUGGGAAGGGAUUUGCUAAAAUACUUGAUACAAGGAUUGCAGCAGCAUAUGGUGCACACAGUUAGAAGUACACAGUAUUGUCUUCCUGAGAACCACUGGCCAAGAGCAUCUCUGGGCGAAAUAUCAAGCACUGUUAAAUUUUGCCUGCAGAACAACGGUCUACCAUUGACUCGAAAAUGUCUUGGCAAUUUUAUGGAGGGAGCAUAUUGGGAAGAUAUAUCUCACAUUGCCGCAAGUUGCUUUGGCCCUACGAAUGGAAAUGCAAAAACCAAAGAGCUAUUUGACAUGUAUGCUAUGAAAAUCUCAAAGAAAUAUCCAGAAAAGGCAAUGCAAAAUGUGAGAGAAAUAUUGGAAAACAAUAUAAAAGAGUUAAUUCCGGCUGAUUUGCAUUAUAUGGCGAAAAUUAUUCGUAAAACGGUUAAAACCGUUCUUAAGCAAUAUAAUUUUACAACCACCGAACAAUGUAAUAAUUCUCUCAUCAGCGUUGUCGAACAAAAUGCUACGCCGCCGCACAACAUGUCGGAUAUUAUAUCAGAAAUCGACAGAAUUUUUAACUAUUUGCUAAAUGUUGAUCAGAAAAUCUUACAGUCUGCUCGAGUGCUGAACUCCACCAAUAUCCUUUUGGACACUUUUGAACUUAUCGUUGACGAGAUAUAUACCGCUAACCUGCAGCGAAUCUACAAUUCGAUUAAUGUCAGCAUUUCUUCCGUUCCGCAGAACAACCAUGAAAUUGACGUUGUUGAAUUUAAAGAUGCUGGCGUAAUUGUUAAAGCUGCCACCAAUUUUGUAAUUUUUGCCAUCAAUCCCGUCAUUGCUAAUGUGACAGGUGUUGCCAUAUUUCGUGAUGUCGACGAUAGCGUUGAACGCUUAGAUGACAACCAUUUGGGAGGGGCAUUUUCAGACGAACAUUUUCGAUUCAUUUGUGCCAAUCAAAGCGCCAAUCAUUUGCUCAAUAUGGAAAACAUUGUCAUUGGAGCUUUUGUGCCAGAGAGUAUGUGGUAUCGUCUGGAUGAAAUUUCAGCUUUGUCCAAUAAGAGUAAGAUAUUCGUGAAUCGUCCAAGGCCCUCAGUGAUAAUAAAGAUAUAUUCGAAUGACAAACUUUUUCAGGAAGACGAGGAAGAAGAGUCGUUGCUCAGUUCGGUUAUGGGAAAAAUAAUGUCGAUUUCCAUACCUGGCCAUGAUAAAGACCUCCCUGAGUUACUUCCCAUAAUAUUAAGCAGCGACGACAAUAGCGAGAAUAAUAACCCCCAAUAUUGCAGUUAUUGGAAUUACAAAACAUGGGUCAAGGAUGGUUUGACACUACUAAACAGAUCUGCUCUAAAUAACAAUACUAUUUUAUGUGGCUCCUCUCACCUGACACCGUUCGCCUACCUGUUGAGGGGUAGUAACAAUUUAUCUGUCGACUCGGACGUGCAAGUAAUAGUCACCAAACUUCACGAGAAUGCUCUAAACAUUAUAACGCUCCUUGGUUGUUCACUUUCCAUAUUUGGAGUCACAGGUAUUUUUGCUACUGCCUGUACCUUCCGUACAUGGCGACAGAAACCCAAUUCUAGAGUACUCCUACAACUCUCGGCUGCAAUAGCUCUCCAAAUGAUUCUAUUCUGCUUCGUCAAUACCACCGAAUACUCGCUUCAUUUGAUACAAAAUGAAAUCUUGUCCAGUUGUAUUGCAUUAGGGGCGUUGUUGCAUUAUUCAGUUCUGGUGCAAUUCUGCUGGAUGAUCAUUAUUGCCUACCUGCAGUUUAAGAGAUAUGUCAAAGUCUUUGGAAAUACGCGGCCAAAAAGAUUCUUUGUCAAAUCAACACUUAUAGGGUGGGGCUUACCCGUUAUUCCCGUAUUUAUGGUGCUUUUAUUUGAUAGCUCAUCGUACAUUCCACAUAAUGGAGAUUCCAAUAACCCAAUAUGUUAUCCAUCCGGUAAAUCGUUGUAUAUUGGGGUCGUUCUACCCAUAUCUUUAGUGAUUUUGGCGAAUUUAGUUAUUUUCGUGGUGGUGAUUUACAACAUCCUUAAAAGUCCGGCCGGUUCUGUACGACACACGGAAAAAAACUUUGCUCUUUCUCAAAUGCGAUUACUACUAUUGCUGUUCUUCCUUCUAGGAUUUACGUGGAUAUUUGGCCUAAUGACUACAACGGGGGCAGGCUUGUUAUUUUCAUAUCUAUUCUGCUUAACAGCCACAAUUCAGGGCUUUGUGUUAUUCGUUUAUUUUAUACUAAUGGAUCCAAUAACACGUCGGUUGUGGUUGGGAAAUUUACGAAAUUGGUGUAAUGUUGGACAAAAUGCUGUCAACACAAGUUCAAAAUCGAAGGAUACAACACAAAGUUUUUAAUCUCAAAUAACUUAGUAUUUAUAUUAUUGUAUAGAUAUAUCUACGUAUGUGUAUGCAGACACAUAAUACAAAAAGUAUAUAUAUUUAAAUAUAAAAAUAAAAAAUAUGUGUAUUAGUUUUGUGGGAACUAAGCACAACAUUCAACUAAGGUUAGAUAGAAAAAGUGGUUUAAUCCUUAACAAGUAAAGCCGCAACGAAUUGUUUAU